AUGGAACAUAUAAGAUUGCGCAAAGGGCCGCUGCCUGGAGGUCGUCAGGGCGCGUCUGGAGCUGGCGCUGGACGCGACAGCAUGCGAACCGCCAGCCGAGCGCGAGGUGCUGCACGACCACCCAGCAGCCCCUCGCAUCCAUCAUCCCCACCAGCUUGCUUGGUGUCGGCAGGGUCUUCGCAGGCCCAGCAAUCGGCACCCGCCACUGGUGGAGUACGCCGCAUGCGAUGGACCAUCAAUAUGAAUUCAAACGCAUUGCGGGCGUAUUUUAGGGCGAAAGGGGGAGAAAUUGGAGGUUUCGCGUAUCGGGCUAGGAUGCAUCGUCUUUUUACUGAGCUGGAGCCAUCUAUUACUGUCACCGAGCAAAACCUGGCAGACCGAGUUCGGUAUAUCUUACGCUCAAAUAUAUUUGAUGGCGCCGAACUCGAACGGCUACGACGUGAGGCUGUUCCCUCAUCAAAUGAAAACGCUACGACUGAGGGUGCGGUGCCACAAGUUGCAGAACAACCCGCACACGUGGAUGCCGCCGAGAAUACCCCAGUGGUUGCUGAUUCAAAUGAUGAUGGAACAUUCACCCAGGAACUAGAAAUAGAGCAAAUGGAUACAUUGGAAGAGGCGAUUAUGGAAACGCGCAGUACGCCUCUCGAAAAUCGACCGCGACUUCCCCGCAUAGCCCUAAGCAAGCGGAAUCGGGCUGUCGUGAGGGCUCUGAACCCAAUGCUGGUGACCUAUUUGGAAGCCAGCCGGGACCUUUGCGAGACGGACUCAAUUCUCUUUGGCGCCGCACUGGCAGUCUGCCGUAUUAUAGGCGCCAAACUUUCCACGGCUGGACGCACUACUGGACAAAGUAGUGCUAUCCCAGCCUGGAGAACAAGAAUUGAAGAACGUAUCGCAAAGGCUAGGGCCCUCAUCGGCAGACUGAUAUGCUUCAGGUCAGGCAAUACCAGGCCAAGGAUUGUGCGCACCGUCAGGAUGGCGUUUGCUGGGACAAAUGUUAGUUUGUCCCAGCCGGAUAUAAUGCAAAAACUGACGGAGCGCAUAGACGACCUGAAGCAGAGAAUCGCUGCUUGGGGAAAGCGAAUUCGGCGAUAUACCGAGAGGUCGACACGGUUCAACCAGAAUCGUCUCUUCCAGAGUGAUCAGAAUAGGUUCUCUAAAUAA